AUGUCUUCCACCCGAGAAGAUGAAGAGCCCGCAAAGAUAGGUGACAUUGUGAAUGAUUUGCAUUACAAGAUGGUGCCAUAUCACAAAUCUCACUGUCAGAGACAAACUCUUGUAAAUCAGAAAUAUGAUCAGAAGUAUUUUGCUGGUCAACUGCUGGUGCCUCACUGUCAGAAGCUUCAUGAUACACUAAAGAGCAACUUGAGCAGAGGAGGAUUUAAACAAGAAAACGACCCUGUGCAUCAUGGACAGCAGCUGAGGAAAUCAUCUCGAAGACCUGUUACUUGAUAUUAGCUUAGUUUUCAUUGUAUUAGCACGCAGCCUGCCUGGUGGGUUUUCCUCCAGGAUCGAGCGGUGGAUGAGGUGGUGAAUUUCUGUAUU